AUGGGAGACUACGGCCCCGCAGCACCCUCAGUCCACUCGACCCCGGUGGACAGCCCAGCCCAGCCCCAGCCCAUACCCAGCGAGAUUUCAGUGCUGAUAACAGGGUUCGGCCCCUUCAAGACCAACCUUGUCAACGCUUCUUAUUUGAUCGCAUCCUCCCUUCCGUCUUCUUUCGACUUUUCUUCCCCCAAGGGCGCGAACCGCCGCGUCUCUCUCCAUGUCCACCCAACCCCGAUUUCAGUCGCUUAUGCGACUGUUCGCGAAGCUCUUCCAAAUAUUUUGAAGGAGUACGCUGCGCAGCAUGGCGGUAGACCUGAUAUCGUGCUCCAUAUUGGUAUUGCGUCGCCGAGGCCAUACUACUCUGUAGAGUCGCUCGCGCAUCGAGAUGGUUAUUUUAUCACCGAUAUCCAGGGCCGUACUGGAUUCGAGGAUGGCGAGAGGCGCUGGAAAGAGUUAGGCCUGCCGCCUACCCUCACCCCUGGAUCUGAGUCUGGUAAGGAAGGCCCAUACCCGCCGGAUGACCAUUUCCUAGAGACCUGGAGAUCACAUGCUCCGCCGGAGACGGAUCUGCGCAUUUCCGAGGACCCGGGUCAUUAUCUAUGUGACUUUAUCUUUUAUACCAGUUUGUCGCUGGCUCUGAUGGAGGGGCAGGAUCGGAAUGUGGUGUUCCUGCAUGUUCCUGCGGCCUCGCAGGAUGCUGACAUCGACCUGGGACGGAAUAUUGCGAUGGCUUUAAUUAAGACGUUGGUAACUUGCUGGAUCGAUGAGAAUCGUUCUUCGUAA